ACUCUAUAUAUUUAUCUUCUUCCUCAGACUCAGAUGGGGAGUUAUAUCAUAUGUCUGUGGAUGAGGAGCAGCAACCCUCCGUCAUAGAGGAGCUGACUGACGUACACUUCAAGUUUGAAGUCAAAGAGGUGCUGUUGGAGUUGACGCGUCAGGCUGACCAGGAGAACACGCUGUUAGCCCUCAGUGUGUCUCAGCUGGGAGCAGAGGGCAAGAUGAGAACCUAUGACCUCACCAUCACCUCCUACCUCCGUAAAGUAGGCCUGGACUACUGUGAGAUACGAGACUCCAACAACCAGCCUCUGCACCUGAUCAGCUCCUCAGACAAACACGGCUCAGACCUGCUCAAAGUGGAGUACACCAAAGCUGAUAUCAACGGUCCUAAUUUCCAGACAACGUUUGACAACACUGAGCAAAACCUGAAGGUGGAGUUGUCGUCUCUAGACUUUCUCCUCCACACCAAAGCGCUCCUCUCCACCAUCAACUAUCUGAACACAGCCGUACCCCAGGAGCUGACAGCCUCCAAGGACAGAGAGGCCAAGAAACAGGUGGAGAAGGCUGGACAGGGGAAGACAGUGUCGAAAGGACCAACAAACAGCAAUGUGUUCACCUUCAAACUGUCUGCUGAACUGGGUUCCUUCCGUGUGGAGGUGUGUGAUGACCGGCGGAACAUCGCUGACAUCACAAUACAAGGUAUUGAUGGGUCGGUGCUGGUCCAGGCCAAAGAGACAAUGGUGUUCGCCAGGCUCAGGGACAUAGUGGUGCUGGAUGUCGACCCCAAAACCAUCCACAAAAAGGCCGUCUCCAUGGUGGGCGAGGAGGUGUUCAGCUUUCAGAUGUCCCUGUAUCCCAACGCUACGGAGGGAGAGGGUUACUCAGACACCUCCAAGGUGGACGGGAAGGUUACCAUGAGGCUGGGCUGCAUCCAGAUCGUCUAUCUGCACAAGUUCCUCAUGUCUCUACUGACUUUUCUGGAUAACUUCCAGACGGCCAAAGAGGCGUUGACUGUGGCCACGGCCCACGCAGCAGAGAAGGCGGCCUCCAGCGUCAGAGACUUUGCCCAGAAGAGCUUCCGUCUCUCCAUGGACGUCAAGCUGAAGGCCCCUCUCAUCGUCGUCCCUCAGUCCUCCACCUCACACAAUGCGUUUGUGGUGGACCUGGGGCUCAUCACCGUGGGCAACAGUUUCAGUCUGAUGUCGGCUGAAGGGUUCUCGCUCCCCGUUGUGUUGGACACCAUGGAUGUCAAACUCACUCAGCUCAAACUGUCCAGGACCACGCUGAAACAAGGCUCCCCACAGACAGACAUCGAGAUCCUUCAGCCAAUCAAUUUAGAGUUUCUGGUCAAACGGAACCUGGCCUCUUCCUGGUACAACAAGAUCCCUGGAGUAGAGGUUCAAGGAAUGCUCAAGUCUAUGAAUAUGGCUCUCGGUCAGGAGGACUUUGGUGUCCUGAUGAAGACACUGAGGGAGAACAUCGGAGAGGGCAGCAAAGAGCACGUCCUGGAUGUCAACAAACAAGUAGCCCGAGACAAGGCAGAGCAGCACCAGCUGGAGGGGAAUGAGGUGGGAUGUCUCCCUGUGGAGGCUGGAGGAGGAGGAGGAGGAGGACAGCCUGCUGCUGUUACCAAUGCAGGAGGACUGGGAGAAAACAUCGUCAAUAUGCUGCUCAACCUGGAGAUUAAGGAGGUGGUUGUGAAGCUGAAGAAGUCCAGGUCAGAUCAGAAGGAGAGUCCGUUCCUGGUUCUCCACGUAGCCCAGCUGGGCAUCCACACCAAUGUCAGGCAGUACGACAUGGUGGCCACAACGUACAUCAAGAAAAUCUCUAUGAAGUGCCUGGAGUUCUCAGGUCGGUGGCUGUAGCCUGUCGAGGUGUCA